GGAAGCCGAUGUCUUCUUCAGCUGUGCCUAAUCCAAACUCCGACCGCAAUUCAGAGGCAGCAGUGAGUCCUUUCUUCAGCGAGCCAUGGAUGUCUUCUCAUCAUCCCAGGUCUACUACGACAGAGCAUGUGCUUCAUCUCCAGACAGCUUGGAGUUUGGCCCCGGCAUGGAGCUCGUUGGCUCAGAGGAAGAUGAGCACGUCAGGGUCCCUGGAGCCCCUCACCAGCCAGGACAUUGCCUCCAGUGGGCCUGCAAGGCCUGCAAACGCAAAUCCAGCUUUGUAGACCGCAGACGGGCCGCCACCAUGCGUGAGCGCCGGCGGCUGAAGAAGGUCAACCAUGCUUUUGAGGCUUUGCGGCGCUGCACCUCGGCCAACCCCAGCCAGCGUCUGCCCAAGGUGGAGAUCCUCCGCAAUGCCAUUCAGUACAUCGAGAGCCUGCAGGAGCUGCUACGAGAGCAGGUGGAAAGCUACUAUGGCCUACCUGGGGAGAGCAGCUCUGAGCCCGGGAGCCCACUGUCCAGCUGCUCUGAUGGCAUGACUGACAGCAACAGCCCAGUGUGGCAACAGCUGAAUGCAAACUACAGCAACAGCUAUUCAUAUGCAAAGAACGAGGGUUUGGACGAUAAAGCAGCCGGAGCCUCCAGCCUAGAGUGUCUCUCCAGCAUCGUGGACCGUCUGUCCUCGGUCGAGUCCAGCUGUGAGACGGCCGCCCUGAGAGACAUGGCCAACUUCUCCCCCGGCAGCUCCGACUCACAGCCCUGCACUCCGGAGAGCCCUGGAUCCAGGCCUGUCUACCAUGUCCUGUGAAGAAAACCUCGCUUCGAUUUGGACCUACUGCCACAGGCAUUUAAAGUGCCUUUACCAACAUUUGAAUACGUUUUGUUCAAACCUGAAGGAGACUCAGCAGAAUCUGAGGACCUGUGGCAACCAGCCCCUUUAUAAUGUACAUGAGACUGUAUAUAUGAUGUAAAUGCCCAUUUAUUCUAUACAUGAUAUUAUACCCACUGAGACAUAUUUAAU